AUUUGUAAUUUACAACACAAUUCCCUACUUUUGAAAUUCGUGCAAAAUUCUACAAAAAAAAUUGCAACAGAAUUCUCAAAUCUUAUUCCACUUAUAGUAACAUUUCUACACUAUAAAAAAGAUCUUAUUAACGAAUUUCCAACAUCCUCGAAGUAACAACACAUUUAUCCAACUACUCAUUCUGCUCACCAAAAUUAUUAAGCAUACCCAACCUCGCAACCGAUCGAUCCAUCGAUCAAUGAAAACAACAAUCGCCCAGCCGCUACCUACAUGCACUUCAAGCACGCGAUGCUUGCCAAUCAUUCAUUCUGCCCGACGAGUCGCGCUCGCUAUCAGGUCACCAAACAGUCGCGUCGGGUUCAUGCAUCUGCGAGGAACAUUUACAUACAUGCUAGCUGUGGCACGCAACCAUCCAGAGUGGUGACAGCACCGUGUACACAUAGGGAAAGGAGAGAAACGAACACUAGCCUGGUAGGGAAGCGAUGUGUCUAAUGGAAGGGGAAGAGAGCAGGAAACGGUGCGCUACGUAAGACGCGAGGGGAUUGUGAGUCGAGUGGCCAACGAGCCCCGGAGUAUCCGAUUCACCGUCGUACCGCGUGGAACGGGCAUCGUUCCUUCUGGCGCUCGUUUAUACUGUUCCCUUGAAUCCUCUUCGCGAUUCCCAGAAACAGUGAUCUCCUCGCGAUAUUACCGGCUAGAGUGCACGGCUGUAGAAUGCAUCCGGGGGGGGAGUAUCGGCAACUAGAUGGUCAUUUCGCAACCAGACGCUGACUCGUUCACGCUUUCCGAAGGAAAAGUAAAGUAUUGCGACACGAAGUAACGAGUGUAGUUUCAGUGAAGGUAACUCGAUGGUCUUGCCAUUUAAACGUGGUUCACCAGUGGCUCGUGCGUGUGUUAAGUGAAAAAGUGAUCGCAUCGUUGGUGGAUUGACUGUCUGGACAAAGAAGAGAGAAGUGUGAACCGCUUAGUAGAUAAAACUUGAAGAGGAGGACAAAAAAUGAAAUGUUAAUUAAAGAUGAUGUAGGAAAGAAAGACGUGAUGAAUUAGUAUUAAAAAACAAAAAUAUAAAAAAGAAAUCCGAAGGCUGUUCGUUGAAGUCAGCUGUUUACUUUGGAAGACAAAACAAAUUGAAACUUACUUAGAUUCAAACUUACCUUUUGUAAUAAAAUAAUAGAAAGAAAUAGAGAUGGAGGAACCAACAACGGCUACCGUUUUACUGAUAGCAAAAAUAGGAGCAAUGAUUGGUCUUGGCUUUGGCUCUUUACUUCUGGGAAUGUUACCACUGAUUGUCGGACGUUACAGAAUGAAUCAUCGUCAAAAACGAGAUCGCAGAAUUUUCAGUAAUUCCAGUACCUGUACCUCCACAUCAAUUUCAAACGCCUCUUCCUCCAGUGUAAUUUCUGCAUCUGCAACGAAUUCACAAGGCCUGCAAACAUCGUUGCUGCUUUGCUUUGGCGGGGGCGUUCUACUAUUCACCACAUUCUUGCAUCUAGCCCCGGAGGUCCGCGUGAGCGUAGAAAGACAUCAAAGGAACGGUCAACUGCCUACUCUAGGCACGCUAAAUCUGUCGGAGCUGCUAUUCUGCGCCGGAUUCUUUCUCGUCUACUUCGUUGAAGAGGCGGUGCACGCAGCGCUGACGGGAAAACCCGAGUCAUCGGAGGCGCUACUCUAUAGAACGGUGUCCGUACGUAGAUGCAACAAUCAAACAGGUGCGUCAACAACUACGAAUAGUGGUUCCACCACCACGGUUUCCACUACGGCUAGGUCCACCUGGAAAGAUGGUAACGACGAGUUAGAAGACGGCGAGAACGAAUUAAACAAACGAUCUAGACAACACGGCUUGGAUGAUUUUCGCGAUGCCAAACAAGAUAAGAUGUUACCUGCCAUAUUUGUCCUAUCUGCCCCUACGGGAUUAUCUUCCACGCAGCGCAGUCCUCAGGAUGGCACGAGAUAUCCUUCUAAUACAGAUUAUCCAAGAAUGAAACAUCAUGAACAUAACCAUUCCGUUAUGACAAAAAAUACAUCGAUACAAGGAUUACUAACCGUACUAGCUUUGUCUUUUCAUGCAAUUUUCGAGGGUCUAGCAGUAGGUCUAGAACCCUCUAUUGGGUCCGUCGUAUACCUGGCCGCUGCUAUAGCUACGCAUAAGUUGGUAAUUUCAUUCUGCGUCGGUAUGGAACUUUACGUUGCUGGUGCCUCAAGUAGAACUACUCUUGGAUACCUAACGAUAUUCUCAAUGGUAACACCAAUUGGCAUCGCCGUUGGAUUGGCUCUUGGUCAUUUUAAGAAUGACAGCGAAAAUUUAGGACCUACCCCGACAAUACUGCAAGGAAUGGCCGCCGGAACGUUACUAUACGUGGUUUUCUUCGAGGUGUUAGCACGCGAGAGGGCUAACGAGAAAAGUGGCCUCUUACAGUUGACUGCCAUAAUUAUUGGAUUCAUGCUGAUGUUGGGUCUACAAAUCGCGACUGCGCAUUCUCACUCUCAUUCCCACUCGCAUUCGCACGAUGGACACGUAGACGUACAUAGCCACGAGGUUAAUCAUCAGGAGAAUGAUCACGAUCAUAAACUGGAUUCCCACGAACACAUCUAUUCAAAUGAAAUGAAUGAACGAAUACUUACCGACAAGAUCUAUAGAGUAACGGAAAGCAUCGCGGAGACUGUCAGCAACGUCCUAUCCUCUACGAUGAAAACACCAACCGAUGUUUCCUUCAGAAGUAGUAGUAACGAAACGACGUUACACUCGAAUCGAAGUUAAAACUCGUUUGCGUGACAGGCAUCCUUUGACUGAUUGUGAGUUACUAGUAGUUCUUUCAUGGGAUAAAUAUCUCCUGAUUGAUACUUACUUUCGAGGAUAUGUCAACCGAAUUCAUCGAUUAUUUCGGAACGACGCAUAUAAGUAAGAGUAAAAGGGGCCUCGAUGAAAGAAGGACAGUAUUAUGAAACUUUGGUUUCAAUCUGGAAGAGGAGAACAAUACUCCUGGUUUACAGUUUAUACCUAUUAUGCAGAUGUCACCAAUUGUGCAAGUACAAAUAGUAAACGGUGAUAUUUGUGAAGUACGAUAGAAAUCUAUCUAAAACAACAAGAAACUAUUACUAUUGUCAUUCAAUGACCAAAUGUGAUACGAUUCACGAGUAUGUAUAGCUGUGCAAUCGCGUUACUUACUCCUUUUUCUUUUUUCUUUUUUUUAUUGUAAUAUAAACUGUAUGGAAUAUCCGAUAUCUUUUACAUCAUAAUUAGAUUAAGGAAGGGAGAGUAUUUCUUAACUGUUUAUACCAAUAUUUAAAAACUUGCUCAUAUAAUAUGCGUAUUACAUAAUAUCGCAAUGAAAUGAGAUAUAUUUUGCUACCGUCAAAUAUCAAUUCUUCCGAAAGUGAUAACUUUAAUCGUGUUUUUAUGAUUUUUAAUAUUUACAACUUUUGUAUGUAUUAAUACUUGUCUUUUUUCUACGCGAUUAUUGACAUUGCAUGUCAUUAAGAAUGAUAGUACGUCAUCAUUAAUACGAGGAAGAUUUCAACAUCAAAACAUAAGAAACUGUAUUCUAUAAAUAUUUGCAAUAUCACGUUUCUUAUUCAUUUUUUCAUUUGUAUACAUAUCAGUGUGAUAUGACAGGUACACUGCUAGGAUUUGUAAACAUAUUUCAGUAACAUGCAUAAAUAUCAUUUUCUCAAAUCAAAGAAUCAAUUUUUAAACAUAAAUUAUAUUUUUCACGACAUGUACACAAAGCAAUAAAUUGAAAAAAUACACACAAAAUAAAGUAUCACAUCUUUUAAAUAACUAAUUGUACCUGUCAGAGUUUUCCAUGGCUUUGUCAUCUCCAUAAUAUUUUACAUUCAAUAUAAAAUAAAUAA